UUAUCACAAACGGUUUGCUCCGAUGACUACGAUGGAGGCUACAAGAACUCCAGCACCGAGGGCUACGGCGGCAGUGGCUACAAGAAGUCGAGCACCGACGACUAUGACAGUGGUAAGAACACCUCCAACACUGAUGACUAUGGCAGCGGUGGCUAUAACAAGCCCAGCAUGGACAACUACGACAGCGGCUACAACAAGUCCAGCACGAAUAACUACGACAGUGGCUACAACAAGUCCAGCAGCGAUGACUAUGGCCGCAGCGGCGGCUACAACAAGUCCGGCACCGAUGAGUAUACUACCGGGUCAGGCAGGAACAACUCCGACGACUACUAGUAACUAUCAAGAAAGGGAGUAAGUGUGUUCUUGAUCCUGAACGUAUCUGGGUACUACUGCUCAGUUCUAAAAGAAAUACUAUGUACCCUUUCUCAUAUUCGCAGGAUGGGAUUAUGUGUUAUAUAUGUAUAGUUGAUCCCAUCUUAAAGUCGAGUGUCGAGGUGAUCCUCAGUGUGUAAUAUGCUCCGGUGUGUGGAUGUACCAGUCUACGCCUUGCACUGUGCCUCGACAUGUACAAUAUGUAA